AUGAGCCGGAAGCUCGCCCCCGAAGCCAAUCGGAUUCUCUUCGUCAAGAACCUCAACUACAACGUGACUGCUGAGCAGCUAUUUGACCUCUUCGGCAAAUUUGGACCCAUCCGUCAAAUACGCCAAGGAAUUGCGAACAACUCAAAGGGUACCGCUUUCGUCGUAUACGAAGACGUUCACGACGCCAAACAGGCAUGCGAUAAGCUCAAUGGAUUCAAUUUUCAGAACAGAUACCUCGUCGUGUUAUACCACCAGCCGGAGAAAAUGCUUAGGUCGAAAGAGGACCUGGCGGAAAGGCAAGAGAAUUUGGAGCGUCUCAAACAGCAGCAUGGGAUAGAAUAA